AUGGAAGAUUAUCUGUUUCGACAUUACGUCGAUCAGUGCCGCGUUGUUAAAGAGGAGACAAGCUAUGUCGAGAUUUUCAAUUACUCGGAUCCCUUUUACAAUGUAUGCGAAGAACAUCCUUUACCAGACGAUGAGUUCCAUAACUUUGUGAAUCAAACUGGCGCCUUUGCACCACCAGGGAACCUAAGACCUGAUACGAAGCUGCUCAGCGGUAAUGCCAAGCAUCCCGAUACUUUUCUCACAAAGGUCAUCUCACUACCUGCGGAGAAAUAUGGAACCAUGGUUCGUGCCAUGAAACUGCCACAUCGAGGUAUCGAAACAAAUUCCGUUGUUGGCCCUUUCUUCUGGUGCGCCCAUGAUCAGGAUGACGACGACCCUCAUCUGCAAAUCAUCCACAGAAAAUCAGAUGUUCUUAAAAAGGGCAAAACUAGAGGUUGGGAGAUGCUCCUCUCUCAUUCUUUCAAGACAGGUAUCACUACUGGCUUCAUCAAGGGAACACCCAGCUCAGAGAUUGAAAAGUCUUUAAACCACCUCAAGGCAUGCACCGACCAAAUUGGGCACCCGAUUCUUCUACCUCUUAUCAUCCUUACAUACGACCUAUCUCCUGAAAAUGAUGAGAAACAACGCAAAGCUCGCCAUUGGCUCCGCCGCCUUGAAAACGCCGUCAGCCUACGAAAUGAAGUCGAGGAGCAGGAGCAGUAUUUCCAAAAUGGCUUCAUCGACAUUGACGGACUGAGUCGUGAUCUUGUUGAGUGUCACGGAAAUGUCAUGUGGAAACGUCCCCAGGCAUAUGAAGCGCUUGUCAAAGAGAUGGAAAAGGCCAUGGCCACCUUUCGAUUGGUGUGGAUUGCGUUAUGCCCCGAUGCUGAGAAACAAUCUGAGGCUGAACGAAAGCAUCGCAAAGAGGUUGAGAAACUGCAUCGAAGCAUGGUGUCUCGAUUAGACUUUUACAAGGUCAAACUCAAGGGCUUAGAGAACUACAUUCACAUCACUCUGGAGAGGCUCAAGGUUCAGCGCGAAGCGCUAUAUAACAUCAUGUCACAGCGUGAGGCAAGGCUGAACCUCGAGAUUGCAGGAGAGCAAAGGCGAAUAGCCCAUGCUAGUAAGCGAGACAGCACAGCUAUGAAGACCUUAUCCCUCAUGGGUGCUCUAUUCCUGCCAGGGACCUACCUCGCUUCUGUCUUCAGCAUGACAUUCUUUAACUUUGGAGCUGAUGCCGACCCUGUCAUUUCUGCUGAACUCUGGGUCUACUUCGCCAUAACCAUCCCCGUCACUGCCUUAAUCGUUUUUAGCUGGAUGUUUAUCGACAAGCGUCGCCAGGAGCAGCACAAGAAAGACGAUGCAGACCUUGAAAAGAAUAUCGACAAGAUGGAGAAGGAGAUCAUGUUUGCUCUUCGCAAGCGAACGAUGAGCAAAGCUAAUACCUGGAACACGGUUAGCCCACCCCCAAAACCAUGA